UUUACUUGUAAAAAUUCUACUGGGGGUCGCCUGUGCUUCGUGGGUACCGCCGUGUGGUUGUGUAACGCCGGAAAGUUGGUGGAAGAACGACCCGGCGGGGGUGAGAGGUGCGGACGUCCCUCGGUGGUUCUGGCCUGGAGGUCAGGCAUCCAUCAGAGCCGCCCGGUGCGGUCACCCACCCAUCUGUUGACCCCCCCGGCCGGAUCCGACACGCCGGAGAGGCGCAAAACCCCUCCGCGACUGGGCACGAUCUGGGGAGAGCGCGAACAAAGAGAAGCCAGCCCCAGCCAUUCCACCUUAAAUGCGGGUGUUGCGGCUGGGGCGCCAUCUUCGGUCCACCUUAAGCGCACGAUGUGGCCAGCCAACGCGAGCGGACACCAGCCGGGCUUCCGUCCUCGCUCUCCAGCCGGAGGGGGGGGGGUCGCACUUCGGCUUUCCAGCUUUGACACAGCGUCACUUGAGAAACAGCGGAGGGAGGGAGGGAGGGAGGGAGAGGGUGGGGGGGGUGGGAGGGGGGCGAGACGCACACGGGCCAAACCCCAUCCGCACCCACAGGAGAAGAUGUCCGAGCCCAACAAGUACCGGGAGUGGAUCCUGGAAACUAUCGACUCGCUCCGCUCGAGGAAAGCGCGUCCGGAUCUGGAGAGGAUCUGUCGAAUGGUCCGGAGACGGCACGGCACGGACCCGGAGCGAACCCGGGCGGAAUUGGACAAACUCAUCCAAGAGCAGACGGUGCUCAAAGUUAGCUACAAGGGCUCCACAUCGUACCGGAACGCGGCCAGAGUGCAGCGGAAGAGCAGGAACAGGAGCGAGUCCGCGGAUGCGCCGCCGGAGCGGGGCAGCGGCGGCGGCGGUGACACCGACCGGGAGGGGGGGGGCCACGGCCACGACCCCCGCGCUCAGCCGCCGGCCGCCGGCGAACGGCUCCAGCCGCAGGAGGAGAAAGCCAGCGCCGCGAGAGACGAGGGGUUAGGGCGGCCGGUGGGGGUCCAGGGUUCCACCCGGAGCGCGGGGGCACGCGGCGGGAGCGAGGCGGCCGAGACCGGGGCUGACACCCGGAGCCAAACUUCCUCCCCCCCGUCCUCCUCCUCCUCCUCCUCCUCCUCUUCCUCCCCCCGCCGCCGCCACCGACAGACGCAGACGGCGCCCCUCCAGCCCGAACUUCGGCCCUCGGGGGGCGGCCCCGGCUCGGACCCGGGCCCCGGACCCUCUGCCCACGGAGGCAGAGUCCGAGCGGGCGCGGAGCGGGGCGGGCUGCGUGGCCCCCCGGGGGGGAAUCCGUCCUCCGACAGACUCACAAAAGGCUUCGCGCUCCGGGACCAACCCAGCGGGGGGGGAAAGGUGGGCGACGCCGACACGUCCCGGACGGAUGGAGCGGUUCGCCUUCGGAACGCAACCGUUUCGUGUUGCGUUCGAGGACAGAUACGGCUCCGGAGCGGCUUCCCAGUUUCCCGGCACGAGCACGGCUCGCGCGCGCAUUCAGAGCGCCUCUGCGCGGCGCGCGAGCUCGGGAGCUCGCGCAUCCCCAGCUUUUACCAACCGCUCGGCGGUUCGGGGGGGGUCGUCCCGACCGGAAGACGCUCACUCGGAAAGUUCGGCUGGGGCGUACGGCAAAAGUUGAGACGUCCGGGGCCACAAACGGCCGAACGGCGUCUGCCAUCUCCUGCCCUCCUGGAGAAUGAGCCGAUGGACAAAGCCGAUGAAGGAGAGGGGCAGGAACCGAACGAGGGAGGGGAGGAGGAGGAGGACGAUGAUGACGAUGGCCCGGGUGGUGAUGAGGGUGGAGGAGCAUCGCUGGAAGCUACGACCACCCGAUCGGGACGCAUUGAGAACAUCGCAGCAGAGGCCGGGAUCCAAAAGGCAUCGGGGGUGGAGGCCCCGCUGGACGGGAAGCAGGGCAGCGCAGGUGCACGUCCACCUAUGUGCACGCUCAUGGGAGACAGUGAUCACCCCACAUGGAUGUCUGGGCUUGGCGUUUUCCUUGUUCUGCAGGCUCCACCUGCUCGGGGACCUCCUUUGCCACAGUGUAACGGCGCACACGUGGAGGAGAGAGCCGCCGCAUCCGAUCCGCUGCACACGGAGGCACAAAGUCCUGGGGAACGUGACGAUAUAAACCCCACCCCCUCCAUGGGCUACAACAGUAGGUUUUGCUUUACUAAAAAAAUCUCCGAAUGGGUAUUUGAGCGUUCUCCUGUUUCGUCGUUGGCAAUGGGAACGACACAUCACACUUGGUUUAUUGCUUCUCCUUUAGGCGUGGAGAGCAAGACAGAGGUUGGAGCACCGUCGUGCAUGCUCACACCCACUGCCUCCCCCGGGGAUUCUUACCUGUCUGAAGAUAGAGGGUCUAACAAUAGUAGUGGAGGGCUUAUGAAGUGCGAAGGCGUCAAAGGGAGUCCAGUGGACUGGACUGUGUCUGACGUGGUGAACUACUUCACAGAAGCGGGUUUCCCCGAGCAGGCUGCUGCCUUCAGGAUCCAGGAAAUCGACGGGAAGUCUCUCCUCCUCAUGCAGCGCAACGACGUGCUGACAGGCCUCUCGAUCAGACUCGGCCCCGCCCUCAAGAUCUACGAGCGUCACGUAAAGGUUCUGCAGAAAACACACUUUGAGGACGACGACUGC